AUGGGGGACAGACAAGACGCUCAGCGAGGGGAACAGCAGAACAGGACAAGGCAACCGACUAACCAUCCAGGCGGAAGACGGAAUAAAGAAGAAUCUGAUAAUUAUCUGGGAUGUUUAACCAAAACCCAGCUGAUUAUCAUAUCAGCGGCCGUUGGAGUCGUCCUUCUGCUCAUUAUCAUAAUCGUCCCAUCAGUGGUGCUCACCAAAAAGCCAGGUACAUUUUCCACCCCUUCGUUUGCCACUGGAGGAGACAUGUUGGAUUACCUGAUUCAGUCAGGUGACAUCAGUCACCAUGAUGGACUGUUGGCCACCUGGUUUCACAGAGCCAACAACAAGGCUGAAAUGAACAAGGCUCUGGCAAGUGACGUUAUGAUCCUGGAGGCUGACGUCACUCUGGAGGGUUACGGGACACCGAAUGUGGCGCCGAUCCCCAUCAUGGCCCACCCUCCUGAUAUUUACAGUGACAACACCCUGGACCAGUGGUUAGAUGCCGUGUUAUCCUCAAAAAAAGGCAUCAAAUUGGAUUUUAAGAACAUCGAGUCAGUGGGUUUGUCCUUAGACCUCCUGAGGCGCUAUAACAACAGCAGAGGAAUAAACAGGCCUGUGUGGCUGAAUGCAGACAUCCUCAGAGGUCCAUCAGUGCCAGUGUCUCCAGUCAAUGGAACCAGAUUUUUAGAGCUGGUCAACCAGAAGUUUCCAGAUGUGACUUUGUCUCUUGGAUGGAAGGUAUGACAUUAUCUCAACCAACUGAUUGGUGGCAUUUACACCAAGUCCAUGGUAGAAGAAAUGUAUGAUAUAGUAAAAGAUGUUCCACAACAGGUGACAUUCCCGGUCCACGCUCUGUUUGUUCGCACUGGUUGGCAACACCUCAGCUGGCUCCUCAGCCGGUCGUCACGGUUCAGUCUGACUUUGUGGCAGGGCCCCUCCAUAGAUCCAACAGUCAGCGACCUGCUGUUUGUCCGUGAUAACACACACCCAGCCAGAGUCUACUACGACAUCUAUGAGCCGACACUGUCAGCGUUCAAAGAGGCUGCGAGAAAACAGGGUCGUUUGAGGCAAUUCUAUCCUGGAGGAGACCUGAUGGACUUUCUUUAUCCGUCUCAAAUCUCAGACAACAGUGUUCAGUCCACAGAGGGUCAAAGCCAGGCUGUUCGAUGGGUUACAGUCACUGACCAGGCAUCUCUGUCCACUCUUCUCUCAGGUGUUGAUGGAGGGAUGUUGGUGCUACGGGUUGGAUCUGACAGAAGCCGACCUGGAGAACCUGUGGUGGAAAGUUCUGGAAAGAGUUCAGAGUCCCUGAAACUGCAGGACGUCCUCCAGCAGCUGGCCCUCAGACCUGGUGCUCCCUAGGGGGUUUACCUGCAGAUCCAGACUCAGCAGCUCCUGGUUUCCUCUCUGCAUUUACUGCAGUCGGCGUACGACAGAGAGGAGCUGUACCGACCUGUGUGGAUCGGCAUGGACACUUCAGGAAGCAGCUACAACACUGAGGAGUUUGUGUCCACAGUAAACCUUCUGUUUCCUUACGUCACCCUCGUCCUGACGGAUCAGACCAGAUCUCAGCUGAUCACAAAGAACGGUCUGUCCCAGCGUGUCGCUCUACAUCUGAGUGCUGCAUCUCUGCCAGAAGAAAUCAACUCUUUAAUGGACAGAUAUGACCUGAUAGUGGAGGACGACAUGAGGAGCAGCACUGACGCCUCGUUGCACCUGAAAACACUUAUGAUGCAGCGUAAAGAACGAGCACAAACAAACCUGUACGUCAUAUCGAAGCAGUCUUAACAAAGGAUAAUUAAAGGAAAAUGUGUGUUUUCUUUGUAUUUAUGUGAAUAUACGGCAAAAAGCUCAUAUUAUAUUAGCACAAUGUUAAUUUUACUGUAGAAAAUCCAUGUUAAAUGUACAAAUUAUUGUACGUACAUAACUGUGCAAAAGCCUUAGGCCAACAUUAGGUUUGU